UCAGCAGCCAUGAAUGACACACAGCGUGAGAGUCUGGAGAGCCCCCUCACUGACCCAGACAUCAAACUGUAACUGGCCCGCAAAAACUGAACCGCGUAGAGCGCAGGAGGCUGGGACCUCGAGAGAACAAAAAUAAGGUGAAGCCUGUGGUGAAGACUUUUAAACAACGAAGGGGACUAAUAGACAAAGCAGGAACAGAUAGAAAAACGUCAUCUUUGAGCUUCUUCUCCAGUCCUGGAUCAUCGUGAUCAACCAUCCUGUCAACUCAGGGCCUCCUUAAGGUUUCGUGGAAAAAACACAGGACAGAAACGACCAGGAAAAAUACCAGGGGACGUUACAAAGUGUGUUAAGAGAGACUGACCCAGCAGAACUCAUGGAAGACAUGGAAACAUUCAACUUUUUUGGUCAACAAUGAAAGCGUCAUGCCUCUCUGUGCCUGCACCUCUGAAUCCCUGCCAUAGAGCCCACACAUGGUGACUUCUGAUGUCCUGGUAUCAACGCGAGGCUGAACCAUGGUCAUUCUGCAGCAGGGGGACUAUGUGUGGCUGGACCUUAAAACGGGCCGAGAGUUUGACGUCCCUGUGGGAGCCGUGGUCAAGCUGUGCGACUCUGGACAGAUCCAGGUUCUGGAUGACGAAGGGAGUGAACACUGGAUUUCCCCUCAGAAUGCAACCAACAUCAAGCCCAUGCACCCAACCUCCAUCCACGGGGUGGAAGACAUGAUCCGUCUGGGCGACCUCAACGAAGCUGGCAUCCUCCGCAACCUCCUCAUCCGCUACAAUGAGCGCGUCAUCUAUACAAAUUGUGGUGGACGGACGUAUACUGGCUCAAUCCUGGUAGCAGUCAAUCCCUACCAGCUGCUACCCAUCUACACUCCAGACCAGAUCCGCCUCUACACCAAUAAGAAGAUAGGCGAGCUGCCGCCGCACAUAUUUGCCAUUGCAGACAACUGUUACUUCAACAUGCAGCGGAACAACAAGGACCAGUGCUGCAUCAUCAGUGGAGAGUCUGGAGCUGGAAAGACCGAGAGCACAAAGCUGAUUCUGCAGUUCCUCGCAGCCAUCAGCGGGCAACACUCCUGGAUAGAGCAGCAAGUCCUAGAAGCCACGCCCAUUCUCGAAGCCUUUGGCAAUGCCAAGACCAUUCGUAAUGACAACUCCAGUCGGUUUGGGAAGUAUAUUGAUAUCCACUUCAACAAGCGAGGGGCCAUUGAAGGAGCCAAGAUAGAGCAGUACCUGCUGGAGAAGUCUCGUGUGUGUCGACAGGCUCCAGAUGAGAGGAACUACCAUGUUUUCUACUGCAUGCUGAAGGGGAUGGCUCCUGAGAUGAAGGCCAAGCUGGGCCUAGGCCUCGCCACAGACUACUCCUACCUCACCAUGGGUAAAUGUACAGCGUGUGACGGUCGUGACGACCUAAGUGAUUACUCCAGCAUCUUGUCGGCCAUGAAGGUCCUGAUGUUCACUGAGACAGAGAACUGGGAGAUUUCUAAGCUGCUGGCUGCCAUCCUGCACAUGGGCAACCUCCGCUUCGAGGCUCGCACGUACGACAACCUGGACGCCUGUGUGGUCGUAAGAUCUCCUGACCUGGUAACUGCUGCUUCACUCAUGGAGGUGGAUCCUAAGGAUGUGAUGGUGUGUUUGACGACACGAACCCUGAUCACCCGUGGAGAAAGUGUUGCCACACAUCUCAGCAUGGAACAAGGCCUAGAUGUCAGGGACGCCUUUGUCAAGGGAAUAUACGGUCGGCUGUUUGUCUGGAUUGUGGAUAAGAUCAAUGCUGCCAUAUUCAGACCGCCCUCUUGCGAAAGUAACAUCAUACGCAGGUCAAUCGGGUUGCUGGACAUCUUUGGUUUUGAGAACUUUAUUGUCAACAGUUUUGAACAGCUGUGCAUCAACUUUGCCAACGAGAACCUGCAGCAGUUCUUUGUUCGCCACGUCUUCAAACUGGAGCAAGAGGAGUACAACCUGGAGGACAUCAGCUGGCAGCACAUCGAGUUCACAGACAACCAGGACGCACUGGACAUGAUUGCCAACAAACCCAUGAACAUCAUCUCCCUCAUUGAUGAAGAGAGCAAGUUCCCGAAGGGAACUGAUGCUACGAUGCUGUACAAGCUAAACUCACAGCACAAGCUCAACUACAACUACAUCCCUCCUAAAAACAGCUACGCAACCCAGUUUGGUAUUCAACACUUUGCUGGUGUGGUGAAUUACGAGACCAGAGGCUUCCUGGAGAAAAACCGAGACAGCCUCCACACCGACAUCAUCCAGCUCGUCCACUCAUCCAAGAACAAGUUCAUCAAGCAGAUCUUCCAGGCUGACGUGGCCAUGUUUCUGUGUGGCUAUCAGCAGCCCAGCACCCCCACUCCCAAGGGUGCUGAGACGAGGAAACGCUCACCCACCCUGAGCAGUCAGUUCAAACGUUCCCUGGAGAUGCUGAUGAGGACGCUCAGCGUGUGUCAGCCGUUCUUCGUUCGCUGUAUAAAACCCAACGAGUGCAAAAAACCAAUGUUAUUUGACAGAGAGCUGUGUAUUCGUCAGCUGCGAUACUCUGGCAUGAUGGAGACCAUCAGGAUACGGCGGGCCGGCUAUCCAAUCCGAUACACCUUUGGCGAGUUUGUGGACCGUUACCGAGUCCUCAUGCCUGGCAUCAAACCUGCUCACAUACAGGAAGAUUUACGAGGGACGUGUCAGCAGAUCGUCCUGGCCCGUCUGGGGAAACAUGAUGACUGGCAGAUCGGAAAGACAAAGAUUUUCCUGAAGGACCACCACGACAUGCAGCUGGAGAUCGAGAGGGACCAGGGCAUUACUGACAAGGUCAUCCUCAUCCAGAAGGCUGUGCGUGGACUUAAAGAAAGGACUUACUUUCUCCGACUGAGGAGUGCUGUGACUUUUAUCCAGAAGGUGUGGAGGGGUUAUCGAUGCAGGAAGAAUUACCAAAUUAUGCAGUCUGGCUUCUUGCGCCUUCAGGCCGUCUACAGGUCAAGGAAGUGCUUCAAAAGCUACCGGACGACUCGCCAUCGCGUUGCUCUCAUCCAAGCCCGUUGCCGCGGCUUCCUCAUCCGGCAGACAUUUUGGAGGCGUCUGCGUGCCGUGUUGACUCUUCAGGCCUACACCAGGGGCAUGAUAGCCAGACGCCUCUGCCAGAGGCUCAGGGCAGAGCUGCAGCAUCGCCAGGCAGCUGAGCGGCAGCGCCUGGCCGAGGAGGAGCAGCUGCGAAACCAGAUGACGACUCGGCGGGCCAAGGCAGAGGCGGAGAGAAAACACCAGGAGAGGCUCGUCCUACUGGCCCAGCAGCAAGAGGAGAGGGACAGGGAGGAAAAGGAGGAGUCCAGGAGGAAGAAGGAGCUGCUGGAGCAGAUGGAGAGGGAGAAGGAGCAGCCCGUGGAUCACUCAGACAUGGUCGACCGCAUGUUUGGCUUCCUAGGGAACACCGGGCCGCUGCCCAACCAGGACGGACAGGCACCAACUGGUUUCGAAGACUUGGAGAACAUUCCUCAUGGUGAGGAAGCUGAAGAAGAGCUGCUGAAUGAAGCUAUGCCGUUACCUGAUGAGGAAGAUGAGGAUUUGUCCGAGUACAAGUUCUCCAAAUUUGCAGCCACAUACUUCCAGGGUGUUUCCACUCACUCGUAUAUCAGACGUCCACUGAAACAACCUCUGCUUUUUCACGAGGACGAAGGAGACCAGCUGGCUGCAUUAGCAGUGUGGAUCACCAUAUUGAGGUUCAUGGGAGAUUUACCGGAGCCAAAAUGCCAAUUGGUCAUUAAUGACGGUAGCGAAAAGAUUCCCGUCAUGACGAAGAUCUAUGAAACACUCGGCAAGAGGACCUACAAGAGGGAGUUGCAGGAAAUGCAGGUGGAAGAAGAGAACAGCUCCAUAGACAGCCAGAAGAGGAACUGUGUCAGACAUAAACUUGUGUCGCUCACCCUGAAGAGAAAAUCUAAAAUCGCUGAGGAGGUGACCAGGCGGUUGACAGAGGUGGACUACGGCCUCCAGGGGAACAGCAUGCUGGAGGAGCGACCCACCUCCAACCUAGAGAAACUUCACUUCAUCAUCGGCAACGGCAUCUUGCGGCCCGCCCUCAGGGAUGAGAUCUACUGUCAGAUCUGCAAACAGCUCACUCAAAAUCCAUCCAAGAGCAGCCACGCCCGCGGAUGGAUCCUGCUGUCUCUGUGCGUAGGGUGCUUCGCCCCUUCCGAGAAGUUUGUCAAAUCUUUACGGACAUUUUUAAUCAACGGCCCCCCUGGUUAUGCUCCAUAUUGUGAGGAACGGUUGAGAAGGACGUUUGUCAACCGCACAAGGACCCAGCCGCCAUCUUGGUUGGAGUUGCAGGCCACCAAAUCUAAGAAGCCCAUCAUGCUACCCGUGACGUUUAUGGAUGGCACCACCAAGACUCUCCUGGCAGACUCCGCCACCACCGCCAGUGAGCUCUGCAACGCUUUGGCGGACAAGAUCAACCUGAAAGAUCGCUUUGGCUUCUCCCUGUACAUCGCCCUGUUUGACAAGGUGUCAUCACUGGGCAGCGGCAGCGACCACGUCAUGGACGCUGUCUCCCAGUGUGAGCAGUAUGCCAAGGAGCAGGGUGCACAGGAGAGGAACGCCCCCUGGAGGCUCUUCUUCAGGAAGGAGAUCUUCAACCCCUGGCACAACCCCGUGGAGGACUACGUUGCCACAAACCUCAUUUACCAGCAGAUCGUCCGAGGGGUGAAAUUCGGAGAGUACCGCUGUGAGAGGGAAGAGGACCUCGCAGAGCUGGCCUCACAGCAGUACUAUGUGGAUUAUGGCUCUGAGAUGCUCCCAGAUCGCCUGCUCAGUCUCAUCCCCUCUUACAUCCCCGAUAGAGAAAUCACCUCCACUAAGACUGCAGAGAAGUGGGCUCAGCUUAUCAUCAACACUCACAAAAAGGGAGUAUACACUAAAAGGAGACUGAACACACAGAAGGUGAAGGAGGACGUGGUGGAUUUUGCUCGUUUAAAGUGGCCUUUACUCUUCUCACGAUUCUACGAGGCCUUCAAAUUCUCAGGACCCAGUCUGCCCAAGAAUGACGUGAUCGUGGCAGUGAACUGGACUGGGGUUUACUUUGUGGAUGAGCAGGAGCAGGUCCUUCUGGAACUCUCUUUCCCAGAGAUCACUGCUGUGUCCAGUAGCAGAGGGGGUAAACUCCAGGGUCAGAGUUUUACUUUGGCCACCAUCAAAGGAGACGAGUACACGUUCACCUCCAACAACGCAGAGGACAUCCGCGAUCUGGUGGUCACCUUCCUCGAGGGUCUGAGGAAGAAGUCCAAGUAUGUGGUGGGACUUCUGGACUGUCCCAACCCCGUGGGGGUAGACUCCACAUUCCUGAGUUUCUCCAAGGGGGAUCUGAUCAUCCUGGACGAACACAAUGGAGAGCAUGUGAUGAACUCUGGCUGGGCUCACGGCAUCAACGACAGGACCAAACAGAGAGGAGACUUCCCUGCUGACUGUGUCUAUGUACUGCCCACUAUCACCAGACCGCAGUAUGACAUAGUGGCGCUUGUGACCAUGACUCCUGAUCAGAGGCGAGAAUCCAUCAAUUUGUCCCAGAUGAGCAUCUAUGACAAAACUAAAGCCUACACGCUGGAGGAGUUCUCUUACGACUACUUUAGGCCUCCUCCUAAGAGCACUCUGAGCAGGGUGAUGAUCUCUAAGAGCCGAGGGAAGGAGCGUCUGUGGAGCUGCACCAGGGAGCCUAUCAAACAGCCUCUGCUGAAGAAAGUCCUGGCUCAUGAGGAGCUCGCCCAGGAGGCCUGCCUGGCCUUUAUAGCUGUAAUGAAGUAUAUGGGCGACUACCCGUCCAAACGUGUGCGUUCCGUCAACGAGCUCACCGAUCAGAUCUUUGAAGGAGCGCUGAAGGCUGAGCCGCUCAAAAACGAGAUCUUCUGUCAGAUUAUCAAACAGCUCACUGAUAAUCAUAUCAAGUACAGUGAGGAGAAGGGCUGGGAGCUGCUGUGGCUCUGCACUGGUUUGUUUCCUCCCAGUAACAUCCUGCUGCCUCAUGUCCAGAAGUUCCUCCAGGCCAAGAAACACUACCCGCUGGCUGCAGACUGCAUGCAGCGGCUUCAGAAAGCCUUACGAAACGGAUCAAGAAAGUACCCGCCUCAUCUGGUGGAGGUGGAGGCCAUCCAGCACAAGACCACUCAGAUUUUCCACAAAGUUUACUUCCCUGAUGACGCAGACGAGGUUUUUGAAGUGGAGUCGAGCACCAAAGCCAAAGACUUCUGCCACAACAUCUCUGGACGUCUUCUGCUCAAAUCCUCCGAAGGCUUCAGUCUUUUUGUUAAGAUCACUGACAAGGUCAUCAGUGUGCCCGACGGCGACUUCUUCUUCGACUUUGUCAGGCACCUGACUGACUGGAUCAAGAAAGCCAGACAUGUGAAAGACGGUGUAGUGCCUUCACUGACAUAUCAGGUGUUCUUCAUGAAGAAGCUGUGGACCAAUACCGUGCCAGGAAAAGACUCCAUGGCUGACUCCAUCUUCCACUACUACCAAGAGCUGCCUAAGUAUCUGCGAGGCUACCACAAGUGUUCGAGGGAGGAGGUGCACCAGUUGGCAGCGCUGAUCUACAGGGUGAAGUUUGAGGAGGAUAAAUCCCACUUCCAAAAUAUGUCCAAGAUCCUGAAGGAGCUUGUCCCUCAGGACCAGAUCAGACAUCUUUCCCCCGACGACUGGAAGAGGUCCAUCAUGCCGCUGUUCAACAAACACUCAGGAAAGACUCAAGAAGAAGCCAAACUCUCCUUCCUCAAAAUCAUCUACAAGUGGACCACGUUUGGUUCGGCCUUUUUUGAGGUCAAGCAAACAACUGAUCCAAAUUACCCAGAAACCCUCCUGAUAGCAAUCAACAAACACGGAGUCAGUCUCAUUGAUCCCAAGUCUAAGGACAUCCUCACCACUCACCCCUUCACUAAAAUCUCCAACUGGAGCAGCGGCAACACGUACUUCCACAUCACCAUCGGAAACCUGGUCCGAGGCAGCAAGCUGCUGUGUGAGACCUCACUGGGCUACAAAAUGGACGACCUCCUGACCUCUUACAUCAGCCAGAUGCUGACGACCAUGACCAAACAGCGAACUACCCGGGGCAACAGCAAGUGAGCAGAGCUGGAAACUCAUUGAUUGCAACCAAUCAAUCAAUCCUGCAUUCACUCACACACGCAGUGUGAACACAUGAACAAAAGCUCUUAUUUCAUACAAAACUGUGUGAAUUGUUACACAAAGUGGUUAUUAAUGUAGUGUAUUGGUGUUUAGCUGUGACACUGUAAUGCCAACAUUUUCAUUUAUGUUAUUAUGUAUCGGCCCUGUCUUAAAAAACUCACCUAUUGCCUUUAAAUUACCUUUUCCCACAGUAACACACGUAACGCAACAAUUGGAAAAUGGAUGGCUUUCUAUCAGCAUUAUAAUCACUGUAAACUGCUGGUCAUUUUAUCUGCCGUCUUAUUUACCACUCACAAGUUAGUAAUCUCCUGCCACAAACGCUUGAUCGGGUCCAGUCAGAUGUCUGAGAGCAUUACCCUAUAUGUCUUAAUGGUCUUUGAUGCUUUUAGUUUGAAAGUCUCCUCUAGAAAUAUAUGUUAUUUUGUAUUAAGGGUUUGUGUUGUACAUGGAGGACAAAACGAUGUACAAUGGUUCAACCAGACAGGGAAAGAGACAAAGAUCCCUCUGAGCAACAUAUGAGCAGAAUAUGAAGAGAAGAUAUCAGCAGUCAUUGGUAAAGAAACUGGAAGCUUAGCAUCAUCAUGUGUGCAGAUUUAAAUAGGAACAGGUUCCUGUUCUAGUGGCAAUUGCACAAUAAUGCAGCCUGUAUCACGCUGGAAUUAACUGGCAAGCUCUUCUUCAAACUUCACAAUCCAAACAGAAGGUCAGUCUAGGGUUAGCA